AUGGAUAGGAGCCGUCGAACGAGAAAAUCCAGUAAAAAGAGCAAGACAGGUUGUCGAACCUGUAGAUUGCGUCAUGUUAAAUGUGAUGAAACUCCAGGAAUGUGUCAGCGAUGCACAUCCACGGGUAGAAAGUGUGACGGAUAUGACGCAGAGCGACUACCGAACCGAAGAACUACCGCCACAUUGACCGAGUUAGUACCUGGCAUUGCUCAUCGCUUUGGUUGGAAGUUGACUUCCGAUGAACAACGCUGUAUCUCGUUCUUCCAGAACCGAAUAGGACCAUCAAUAGUCGCCUACUUCGAUUGCGUUCUGUGGCAACGGCUUGUCCUCCAACUUAGCCAAGUUGAGCCGGCUGCUUUUCAUGCACUUGUUGCGUUUAGUGCUGUCUAUGCGGACUAUGAAGCUCGAGGGAUACCAGUUAACAAGAACAACCUAGAUAGUGCCUUACAGCGUUUUGCUCUCGACCAAUGCGGGCGAGCGUACAAAUGGUUGAACUCGCGAUCGGCCUCUCAGGACCCAGGAUUCCGCGACAUCAUGCUAGUGUGCUGUGUACUGUUCAUUAUGACAGAAUGGAUGCGCGGACAGAAUGAUACUGCUAAGUUACACAUGAAGAACGGGCUUCGAAUACUAGAGGACGACCAGUCCUUGACGGCAGCAACUGCCGCUUUCAGCUCUGUCUUCGGGCAAUGUCUAGGCGAAUCACUUGCCUCACUGAAAGUCCAAUCUACCUAUUUUGGCAUUGAGGAGCCAAUACAACCGCAAUCUUCGAAGAGCCCCAACCCUGGAACCCCAGUUCUUGAUGAUAGGCGUUUCUACAGCCUCCUCGAUGCACGGCUGACGUUUGAACCAUUGAUGGGCGAGAUUUUUCAAUUUCAUCUAUUCACCUCCCGCCUUUCCCAGGAAGAGAUAAGCCUCAACUAUGGCGAACUUUCCGAUAUACAGUUCGAGCUCUCUUCCCGACUAAACCGAUUCGCUAUUGCACUUGAAUUGUUUUGCAUAUCCUCAUUCGAUCAGCUUAGCCGCAACGCCCAGCGAAGCUUGCGCACUAUGCAGCUACACCAACAAGUCCUUUCCAUUGUCGUGAACCUCUCCCUCCUCGGACACGAACACAAUGUUCUAAACUUCUACAACCGCCCUUUCGAACACAUUCUUUCCCUUACAGAAGCUAUUAUUGCUAGCUUUACUAAUCGCCCUAGCGUCUGUCUUGACAUGGGCGUUAUUCUCCCCCUCUCCUUCGUUGCGACAAGAUGCCGCGAGCCCCUUAUACGCGCGCGUGCAUUGAGAGUUCUUCGCUCCUGGCCGCAUCGCGAGGGACCCUGGGAGUCUAGUUUCAUCGCCGAGUGUGCCUCAAGACCGCAGGACUCGGGGGAUCCAUUUUUAGCCAUGCUGGCCUGA